AUGGAAGCUAAUUUCUGGGAGCUGUUUUUUGUUGGGAACACUAUUGCUAGCCGUAUCUUAUAUCUUGACGAGGAGCACUCUGAUCGCUUAGAUCAGUUUACACUUAUUCUCGAAGAGCUCAUGAAAAGGUCUCAAGCGGGUCUCCUUUCCGUUGAUCAAGCCGCCGAAAUCGAUGUGUUUUGUACAAACGUGAAACUUGGGCAUUUGUUUAGAGAUGAUGGAAGUGAACUCUACGCUACGGAAAAAUUAGCUGAAACUAAUGCUGCGUGUACCUUCAAUUCCUGUCCGACUCCAUCGUGUCCAUCCAGUGAUGACCCGAAAAAUGGAUCGUCUUGCGACAAAAACUUCACCCCCGCAAUUGGGUCUAAUAGCACAGAGUCUGAAAUGGAAAACAUUGAUGGAAGCAGAGAAUAG